CCCGCGAAUUAGAAUUCGAAUUUUAAUUUAAAUUUUUUUUCUUUCGUUAUAUAUUUUAUUUUUCUAAAAUGCAACAGAUAAGUGUUUUAUUAUGGCCGGAGACAAAGUGGACUCAUGUGAGCAUAAUUAAAUUUUAGUUCGCUUAACACGUCAAAAUGGUCUAUUGUUCUGCUGUUUGAAAGCUUCGCACGGUCUACCCUUCAGAGAAAUUGUUAGGUAACAAUGCGGGAGGUGGGCGAGGGCGCGGACAGCGGCGGCUAGCAUGACACCGGCGCUGCUGUUGUUGCUGCUAGCAGCAGCGGCAGGCGCGCGGGUGGGCGACCUCGCGCGCACCGACACCGGAGACGUCUUCACGCUGCUUGGCAACGAAUGUGGGCCGGCGCAAUGCGCGGAGCACGGCGCGGGCGCAAGCGACGCGAGCGACGCGUGCGCUUGUUCGUGUCCUACGCGCGCACCGCUGUUCCGCGAGGACCGGGAGCUCUGCGUUGAUGACCUACCAGAAUGCUCGUUGGCUACAUUCGGGACCGGCUCCGGGGUGCAACGGAUCCCGUUCGUGUAUCUGCCAUUGAAAGGCCAAAUUAUACAUCCAUCGAGAGAGAUAACCUUCCAAAAUGUCAAAACGCCGAUAUGCGCAGUGUCAGGAGCUCAGUUUCUCACACGUAAAGGAUUCUUGGAUCUUCGGAACACACUUGACGCAGACGUGCCCUUUAGUCUAUUCCGGGAUGAAGGCAGGACUUUUCUUCAAUGGAGUGGUGAGGACGAGGUGCGCGCGCGCAUGUCGGGCCGUGUCAUGGUGGUGCGGCUACUAUGUCGCGACGUGUCGGCGCCUCCGACCUCCCCUCUGGAUCUGAGGGGAGUCUUCACGCCCUGUGUCGCCUUCAGGGUGCAGGGAACGCCGCCCAGACACAGUACUAACGUAACCGAAGUCCAGUUUGCCCCUAAUGCCCAGACAUCAGACGCCACUAGCACUUCUGGCCUGUCGGUCACAGAAUACGUCGCCAUAGGCAUCAGCUCUCUCCUCCUCGGACUAAUAUAUGUAGCCUCUGUAUUCCUUUACCUACACAUCAGAAAACGACGAAAAGCGGCUUCCGAGGAAGGAAGUGAUAGAAGACUGAAAGGGUUAAAAAAGAAAGACGGAACAACUAUAACUGAAAGAGAUAUAAUUCGAAUUAACACCGAACGAGUUCAAUCACUACCUAAUGCUUUAGGACAAGAUGAUGGAGUCGUCAAGAAAAAUCCUUUGCUCAGUUUAGGUCGACAAUUCCAUGAUUCAAAAAGCAGUUUUCCUAGUGACUCGGGCAGUAACAUGUCUGACUCUGAAGACUUCGCUGAUGGUAGUGUACGAAGCGAAGACAACAUGAGUAAUAAUCAAACAACAUCUGCCGUAAUACAUUUACAUCAUAGCGACAUGAAACUCCAAAAUGAGAAUUCAGAAUUGUCGCACCGAGAUGAGUCAGGAAUCGAGCGCCUUCCUGACGAACAUGUUUCUAUAGUGGAAACUACUGACGACAGAGAAAUCGCACGACCAGUCGGCACCACUAGACGGAAACUCUACUUCAAUCCCGCCUACUUCGAACCUAAUUUGAUGGCGGAACCACCAGCAGCAGCCUUAGAAUUUCUUGUCAAAAUCAGAGAAGUUAUAUCAAUAGCAAAACACAAAAUGGCCGCCAAACGCUUCCACCCAGUUUUAAAUCAAAUACCUGAAGAAGAAACUUAUCCUUCAACGAGGAAUAGUAUCGAACUGUAUCAGGGUCUAGGAAGUCAGAGAAGCGGAAGCGUCAUAAGUCUAAAGAGAGAAAAUAGCAGGAAGAGAUCAAUUAAUUGUGUCGGUUGCCCAGGCUGCAAGACAGACAGCACAGACGUGCAAAAUUUCAUGAAAUAUGAUGUCCCUGCUUGCUCAAACUGUCUCAGCAAUAAAGGUGAUAAACAAAAUAGCAUCCGAAAGUGGUUGGAAAACAUUCCAACGGGAAAACAACAAUCGUUUUACAACGAUUUUCUGCCAACUGCAAAUCAAAAUGGCUUGGUCAAUUCCCUUCUCUCGCUACCUGCUAAUGAAAGUCGAUGCAAAUUGAAAAAGCAAAAUAGCUUUUCUGCAACAAACUCUAUGUACUUGGCAGAUCAUUUCCCAGUUCCUAAAAAGUCAUCUACUAUGUCAGUAAGAUCAGAACCGCCUUUGAGGAACUAUAAUCUGCCUUUACCUGAAUUUGAUAAUACGGAAUACCAACCCAACAGUUACAAUUCUUACUGUCAAACUGUUUCGAGAGUAGACGACAUAAGACCAAUUGGAUUAAGCGAUUACCGCCCUAGUAGUCUACGAGGCAGUGCAAUAAUAAAUCACAGGAGACUCAAAUUUAUCAACAAUAAAAAUGCUUUACCGGAUAUGGUUAAUGAAGCCAUUGCACUCGACCACUGUACAAAAUCGUAUAAUCAGAGCAGUUCUGAUGAAGAGAGAUUUCUUAACGAUAUUCCGAUUAACACAAGACAAGUUUAUACCAGAAAUCAUUCCGAAAGUCCUUCAGGUAACGACUACGAAACUGACAGUUUGGAACGUAAUUCUCACAAGAAAGGAAUAUCAACACCCACAGACUAUCCAGAUAUACCUUCAUCUCAAGCUAGCCCCAGUUUGAGCAAUGCAUUACCACUUGAAGAGGAGCUCACAAUGAGAAACGCCGUAUAUAAACAUUCCAGUAGCAACAGUAAUACUCCAUCGCCACAGAGGGACAUCUUCAUUGAUCAAAAUCAUUACGAAUCCAUUGGUAAACAAAAAGGGAUUCUUAUACAGAAAACUCCGAACAAUGACACAAUUAAAACUGCAAACCAAAGCAACGACUACAGUUUAGUAAGCGAAGUUUAUGUAAAUAAUAACUAUAAUUUUGGUAGCACACCGACAUCUCCUAGUGGUUCAGAAUGUUCUAUGGGAAGUAGGAAACUUUCAGGGAAUAUAGAUAGCACUACAGAAGAAAAACCCGGUUGUUUAACAAUUGAAGUUAAAGAUCCACCAGAAAAUUAUAUUAAAAUUCAUGAAUCAGACGGAUUUGAGCCCGACACUCUAGACCGAAAACAUGCAAAACACAAAGAAAUUGUAGAAAGCAUUCAAUUUAGUAGAAAAGAUCUCUUGAAGAAUAUUAAUGAUAUUAAUAGUCCACAGAGCCAACGGAUACAACUACGAAGUAGUGGAACUUUCACGAAAACUAACGAAAAAGUGGAAUAUGCGGCAAAAUUUAACAGUUUAAGGAAUGAAUACGAACAUCGCAAAAACGUAUUUGAACGUCCAAAACUAUCUCCAACAACAUUUAAUGAUUCCAAAAGUGAAAAAGCAAUAGAUGAUAACUGGGAAGAGGCCGCAGAGUGGCAAACAGAAGAAGGUCGUAUACUAACUUUGGAACUAAGACAUUCUAAGAGGCAACGUCAAUGCACUCCACCAACCAUAAAGCAAAUUAAAAAUCUGGCUCGCCCAGACAUUUUACCGCCGCUACCCCCGACAGACGAAAAUCCGAUAUACGAACAACCAACUUUUCCACCAAGAAGGGUAGAAAUCGAUAGAUUACCGACGUCGCCAGACGAAGUCGAUUCAAAAAACGAGAGUGGCAGAAGCCUCAGUCCGAGGAUAUUUAUGAAGAAUACGAUUGAACCAACUAUGCGUAGAAAUUCAGUUCCUCAUGAAUCCUACAGUGGACCCUCCUGCAGUCCACAGAGAGCUUCUGUCGAUAAGCUAUCCUCGGGCUACGAAAACUUUGAUUCUACUAAUGUGAAUACAGAAACUACAAGAAAGAGCGAUCUUUGUAGAAACUUUAAUAGAAGACCUUUUAGCCGAAGUUUUUGUGGCGGUGAUAUAAAUACGAACACUUUCGUGAAAGUGUCUAAAAGCGAAGGUUACUCCAAACCACGCUUUAGGCGGAAGAAAGGUUCUAACGUGGAAGAUUCGGGGUACUUAAGUAGUGACUCAACUAGUUCUCGCCAGGUUCAAAGAAAAAUUGUUGUGGCUAAAAUAGUGAGUUGUAGUGAAAGUGACGAUACCGAAAACGAAGCUAGAAGUGAAUCAGGAGCUGAAAGUGUAGAGACACAUUCUGUUUAUUUCGGCAGUUUCAGAAAACUGCAAGGUAUUGAAAACAAACUAAAAGGUGCUAGAGACAGUAGUAGAAAACAAAGACUUUCUAAAGAAUAUUUAUAGCAAAAUCCUAUUAGUGUUAAGCGAAAUUGUGCAAUAAAAGAAACGCGUUGUGCAAUAGCAUGUGCAAUAAUUUAGAUACUACUUAGAAACUCAUGUGAAUAGUAAUAUGUUGUUUAAGACCCCCAAAUAGUAAUAUAAUAGGCAAUUAAUUUACGUAAUACCUCUUAAUGUUUAGAUACAAAUACUACAUUUUGUAAUAGAUGUAGAAGGCCGGAUGUGCAAUGCAAUAAUAGAUUAAGUUCCUUUAAAUAUACACCAGUUUUUGAAAACCCAAGUUAUAGUAACUAACUUAAUGUUAAUUUUAGUGACGUAGUUACUUGUAAUCUUAUUUUUAUAUUGUAAAUAAGAAGAGAAGAGUCAGGCAGCGAGACAUAGCUUCCUAGUACCUGACAUAUUGUGGUGCUCCAGAGAGGAAGUGAUCAAAUCAUAAGUCCUCUCUGUUUUAGAGCACAUACUGUGGUUGUGGCAUUAAUAGUGUUGGGAACGAACAAUCUCACAAGUUCUUAUAAAAAGUUAAAAUAUUGAUUUUUCUUGGAUUAUUAAAGAAUUUAGGAGAUCUUACAUAAUAAAAGAAUGUAUGCUUGAUGUAUGUCAAACAUAACGCCAAUACUAAGCACGUAGCAUGGCCCCUGAUAAUCUUGUUUUAGCAAAAACACAGUUUACACCAGAUUGCUUGUUACCAACAACAUGGGGUUUUGGUUGCGGAAUAUAGUUGUAAUAAUUUAUAUUAUCUUAUUUUAGUAGUAUAAUUUAUAUUUAUGUCGAAACAUUAUAUAGCUGACGCAAAGGUGCUAAAUAUCGCAGUUGGGAAACCGGGUAUACUCUUAGUUUUAUGUAGGUAUUACUUUUUAACAGGCUACUUAUAAUGUAGUGACUGGCAUAAGCAUAAUUUUAUUGUAUAGUGAUCACUGACUUAUUUAUAAAGAAAUUAUAAAAUUGUUUUAAUUGUGUUAAGUUAAAAAGGUUUUAUAAAAAUAAUGCUCAAAAUAACAAGUAUUUUUAAGAACUUUUAAAAUAUUUUUAUUAUUUUUACAGCCAGUAUUUCUUUGAAUGUUUUUAUAAUUUAUAUUUGUAAAUUUUGUUCCUAAUUUAUUAACAGCAAUUGUUACAAAUAAAACUAUUUUAAUAAUGUGUACAUGCUCAU